AUGAGACGUAGUGGUCGACCUGGGGAACUGAUCGCCAGAAACACAGGGCCCCGAAUACCAGGCAGGAAAUGGCACAACAGCAAAUCCAAGCCCCGCCAGGAUCUGGUCAUUUUACCGUAUUCCAAGGCACGAGCCAAAAACGAGGCCAUCGCAAUCGUGCAUGCAGUAAGCUACUCGGGCGGUUGGUCGUGGAGUUUGGAGGUGCUCCCAAGGGUCGCAACUUGCGCAUUCGCCAAGACUAACAUGUCUGCCUCAAAAUUACAGAUACUUGCAGAGUUAAGAAGAUCAGAUGUGAAACCUCUCUCUCUGAUAGCAGCUGCAUCAAUUGUACCCGCGCACCCGAAAAGAGGAGGGACGUGUCUCGACCAGCGCCGUUGCCCGACAAAGCUGGAUCUGUGGCUGAUUCGCCAUCCAUCCGCUGUAGAGGCAACCCAUAAAGCGCACUUCACCAAUAAUCUACAUGAUACAGCAAACGAAGUGUCUACUGGUUCCGAUAUCAUAUCGGGCGUUUUCCCAGGAUUCACCACUGAAUCAUGGAGACCUCAUGAUUCUUCUUGGACGCUCACUCCUGUUGCCUCGAUGAAAGAAGAAGACGAAUUAUUUUCGAAUGGGAUCGACUUUUACUCCACAGCAUUUUAUGGACGAGCACCUUGCAUGACAUGCAACCGGGAUGACAGGUUGUGCGCCUAUGUCUACACGGAGGUCCAAAAGACAGGCGAGACCAACCAUUUUUACCAAAAGACACUUCGUCUAGCCGAGCUUGAGCUAAGCAGAGGCCAAGGAACAGAUCAGGUUCUUCAAAAAGCUACGGAUGGAAUCGUAUUUCUUGUUCAGAGGUUGUCGAGUCGGGCGUUUCAGACGGGAAAAUUCAAAAUGACGUACGAACUUCAGAAAAGAAAGUUGGAACACAAUCAACAGGAGAUAACUGAGCUACGGGAUAGACUCGAAGCUCUGGAGUCUGGGUCGCAGCAUGCGACACCCCAGACUUGGACUAAGGUUGCCGAAGGCAUCCGCUAG